UAAGCUAGGAUUGAUUUACCUGGCAAAAUGCUAAGCUAGGAACGCACGAACAAACAGUGCAGUGUAAUUUCGUUGAGAUCAGAUCGAUCUAUUAGGGUUUCCACAAAACCCACGAACUCCACAAAUUCAGCAGAAGAAGAAGCUGAGCGUUAAAUUAAACCAAACUCAACGAACCAACCAACUAAUCAAUAAGGUUAAAGUAUGGCAGAGCACCUUGCAUCCAUAUUCGGAACAGAGAAGGACCGCGUGAACUGUCCAUUCUACUUCAAGAUCGGCGCGUGCAGGCACGGCGACCGGUGCUCGCGUCUCCACAAUCGACCAAGCAUAUCACCGACGCUCCUCCUCUCCAAUAUGUACCAGCGACCCGAUAUGAUAACCCCUGGCGUGGACCCACAGGGCCAACCAAUAGACCCGCGCAAGAUCCAACAACACUUCGAGGACUUCUACGAGGACAUCUUCGAGGAACUCACCAAGUUCGGCCAGAUCGAGACCCUCAACGUCUGCGACAACCUCGCCGAUCACAUGAUCGGCAACGUUUACGUCCAGUUUCGCGAGGAAGACCAGGCCGCCGCCGCACUUAACGCCCUCCACGGCCGUUUUUACUCCGGCCGCCCCAUCAUCGCUGAUUUCUCCCCCGUAACCGACUUCCGCGAGGCCACGUGUCGCCAAUUCGAGGAGAACAGCUGUAACCGUGGCGGUUAUUGUAACUUCAUGCACGUGAAGUUGAUUGGGAGAGACCUCAGGAGGAAGCUAUUCGGCCGUUACCGUGGAUAUCGGAUCAGCCCGAGCCGGAGCCGGAGUCGGAGCCGGAGCCGCAGCUUGAGCCCGCGCCAGCGAAGGAAGAGAGAUUACGAGAGGCGCGAAAGGGGAAUUGGAGGAAGGAGUAGCAGGGACAGAGACAGGGACGGUGGUGGUGGUGGUGGUGGUAGGCGGAGACAUGGAAGUCCGGUGAGGGAAGGGAGUGAGGAACGGCGAGCUAGGAUUGAACAAUGGAAUCGAGAAAGAGAGGAGAGGCUGUGAUUGUUUUGUUUUUUUACUUGUUCUUCUUAACGGUAAUUAUUUAUCUGAUAAUCUCUCUCUCUCUCUCUCUUGUGGUGUUUUUAUCAACAGAGAAUGGAAUGGAACCUUCUAGAGCUUUUAGUUGUUCGUGGUCUGUGUAUGUUUACGGAGAUUGCAGCUAUCUAUCUAUGUUAUGCAGUUAGAACAGUUGGCCAUUGGGAGCGAGGCUAUGACUUUGGGCUGUACUGUUGUUUGUUUGCUCUUCCUGCUGAGUAAUAGCGCAUGUUGAUUUUUCUGCCAUAUCCCAAUUUUCUGCUGCCUGUGUCUACAAGUAAAUAAGUGAUAAUGGGCUAGGUGCUGGGGGGAUUGGUUGUGCAGCUGGUAUUCUUGGGAUGUAGGAAUUGCAAUUCAAAGAUUGACGAGGUUGGGGUUUGAAUUGCCUCUUCACUUUAGGUAUAUAAAAGCAUGUUUCAGAGAAAUGUUUUUGAUGAAUCCAAGUGCCUAAAUACUGUACAAAUAUGAGACAACUAAGAUGGGCAACUUCUGGUUUGUUAUAUCAUCUUGGGAAUUCUGCUACUUAGGCUGUAGUGGCGUUUGAACUCUGCAGAUUCUUAGGUCGAAAUUAUGGCUUAGUCCUUGCUAUCAAUUUAUGCUACUCCAAUUGCUUUAGGUAAUUUAGGUAGGCAAUGGGGCAACCGGGUUUUUUAUGGGCAUUUCCUACGAAAGUUAUCGUUUUAAGAAAAUGCAGUUGCUCUUUGCUCAUUACUUAGGAAGGAACAGGUGUAUGAUCAUCAUCUGAUAAUAUAUAUGGGGCAGCAGUUUAGGUACCUGAAACCCAAGGUAAUGCCGGGACAGGUGUGCAGAGCAGUACUAUGCCCCCAGUUUUUGUUAGGCUACCUCCGGUAACAGCUGAAAUUUCUUGUCUUACCAUAAUUGUUUUAUGUUUUUGGUUUCAUUGACCGUACUUAGUAUCAAAUCCCUAUAACAGAUGAUUAUCGAACAAAACUACAGUUGAUUAAAUUCUGUAGUCGGGACAUUGAUUAGUAGAAUUUUGGAUCUUACUAGAGUGGUUCUUUGAAGUCUAAAAGAACUGUAUAGAAUGUAAUAUUUGGUCCAGUGGUCCAGAUUUAUCAAACUGAGUUUAUUAUUGAUUUUUUAUCAUAUAAUAAAAU